AUGAAAGCUUAUGUAACAUUUUUAGCGGGUAAUGGUGAUUAUGUCAAGGGUGUAGUUGGACUAGCAAAGAGUUUACGUAAAGUUAAGAGUGCUUACCCUUUGGUUGUUGCCAUGCUACCUGAUGUGCCAGAGGAACACCGAGAAAUCUUGAGAUCUCAAGGAUGUAUUCUUAGAGAAGUCAAGCCAAUUUAUCCACCAGUAAAGCAGACGCAGUUUGCUAGGGUAUAUUACGUGAUCAACUACUCAAAACUACGUAUACGGGAUUUUGAGGAGCACAGCAAGAUGAUGUAUUCAGAUGCCGAUAUACUAGUGGUCGAGAAUAUAGACCAUCUUUUCGAUGCGGCAGAUGGAUAUUUCUACGCUGUGAUGGGUUGUUUUUGUGAAAAGUCACGGAGUCAUUCGCCUCAAUAUUCAAUCGGCUACUGCCAACAGUGCCCUGAGAAAGUUAUAUGGCCUACUGAAAUGGGUUCACCUCCUCCUUUGUAUUUCAAUGCAGGAAUGUUUGUGUUUGAGCCAAGCAGGUUGACUUGUGAAAGUCUUCUUCAGACUCUCCCAGACAAUACUCGAACGUCCUUCGCUGAGCAAGAUUUCUUAAAUAUGUUCUUCAACCACAUAUAUAAACCUAUCCCUCCCACAUACAACUUGAUGUUAACCAUGUUGUGGAACCAUCCAGAGAAUUUUGAGUUCGACAAAGUUAAAGUGGUGCACUUCUGUGCUUCUGGAUCAAAACCAUGGAGAUACACAGGGAAAGAAGCUAACAUGGAAGACAUUAAGAUGUUAGUAGCAAAAUGGUGGGAUAUUUAUAACGAUGAAUCACUUGAUUUUAAGGCCAAUGAUGCCAUGAAGGAACAGGAGAAUCAUUGGUCUCACAGGAGUGUAAUGGCUACUUUGCCGUAA